AUUUCUUCUGUCGGAUCAAUUCGAUCUUCCGUCCUAGGUGGAGAUGGCGCUUGGCAAUGCCAUCGAGAGCCAAGUUCAGCGGGCCGUGACGGCGCUACCUGGUCCAUCCCUACGACAGUUGUUUGCGCUCGCAGUGGAGCAACUCAUUCACUCUUCUCCCUCCUCGCCAUCCCUUUCAUUGCUCGACAAUGCAUCGUCUCCAGAGCAAUCUAUCGCACUUAAAGAAGCGUAUGCAGCUAUAUGCAUCUUGGUCGCCGACGUCGCCAAACAGAACCUUACUCGAGAAAGCACGAGACGAUUAAUUGAAGAACUGGGAGUCACAGAGGCCAACGUGGACGACAUCGCUAGCCUACUUCAUGCGUCCCUUCCGAACAUUCGUGCAUUAGGUGGCGUGUCAGGCUUGGAACUGGACGAAGUGGUCGAUUUUUCGUGGAGACUCGACCAUUGCAUUCGUUCCAACACGUUCGGCAACAUUCGCGAGCCGCUCUAUCUCAUUGUGCUCUCGACCAAGUCUCCUCGAACAGGCCAUGUCUCGACCAUCGAGUUCAAUUGCACCGUGGCGCAGCUAGAAGAUCUUGUGUACAAGCUUCAAGAAGCUACCGAGCAGAUCGACAAGGUGGUCGCGAGCUUUAGUGACCUUUCCUCCUUAUUGUAGUGGAUAGUCACCUGAAUCAUGUCUAUGAGGUGCUGCUCAUGACGACAUUUAGGCGGCUAAGAUGCAUGACUGUGCACCUUUGUCCAUGCAAAUGGUGCCUUUGCUUGCGAAGACGAUCUCGUUGAGCUUGAGUACAUACUUGUGCGGUAGUAGGCUGCUGGCACUAAGAUCACGGUUGAAUGCAAUCGGCGAUGUCAAACGGUGACGAUCCUUCACGUGCGACGAGUGGACAUGGAGAGCGAUCAAGCAUGGCCAUUCAUACAACUGAGCCUUUCUCUCGUCGUGGAAUGCGACUGCAGGUGGUUUCGUCGAUUUCCCGCCAAUUUCCGAUC